CGCGUCAGGGCUGGACUUUGUAAUUUGACGCCCUGCGGGUGACUUGCGAAGGGCGCCACGGAAGAUGGCGCGGCUCGCAGCAGCAGUAUGUUUAAGCUGCGCGAGCGCGAUGGUCUACCACAACCCUACCGCUGUCCAAAGCCGUCGGACUGGCACCAGUUUUUUACCUGUAAAUUGCAGAGCGGCAACUCAAAGGAAACAUUUGCAAAAUUCGUCGCACGAACGCAUCGCGAGAGAAGCGCGCAGCGCGACGCUAUAACGGUGCCCCGGCACCGCUCCUACACUCCUUUCAAAAUCUGCCGCGCCUGUCGCGUCGUCUGCCCGGAGAAAAAAGUGGGUCAUCCGCGAGCCGGCCUCGCCGGCCGCGCGCGCGCUGCGAGCGGUCACCUCGUGAGCGCUGGGUGCUGUCGCGCCACGCUGCGAGUUUUUUCUCCUGGAGAGAGCCCGUCGCCGCACACACUAGCGAGCGGUCGCCCGGAGCGAGAGAGAGUGGUAAAAAGCGCACGAAGGUCACACGAAACGCCCCGCGCAGGAUUCCACGCUCGAGCGCGCCGAGGCGGGCAACAAGAUCGAGCAGGGCAAGCUCAAAAAAGACCCGACGAACGCGUGGACGGACCUCUACGACUUCGCAGCGAAGAUUCGCGCCGGUACCUUAGAUUAUUCCGAGAUCGAGGACUUCGACAUCAACUCGCGGCUCAAGUGGACGGGCAUUUUGUCGAGAUUUAGGCGGACGCCCGGGCGCUUCAUGAUGCGGUUGAGGAUCCCGAACGGCAUCGUCAAAGCCGACACUCUUAGGUUGUUCGCCGAUACCAUCGAGCCGUACGGUGAUGAAUUAGGAGUGAUGGACAUCACGACGAGGCAAAAUAUACAACUCAGAGGCUUGACGCUCGAGGACGGCGCGGAUCUCACGAAAGCUUUACAUGCGGACCACAACAUGACGUCGUUCCAGAGCGCGUUGGACAACGCGAGAAAUGUCGUCGGAAGCCCGUUAGCCGGGUUGGACGAUUUGGAAUUGGUAGACACGCGGCCUAUUGCCAAUGCGAUCAACGACCUCAUAUCGUUAGACAAGGAGACGGGCGAGCGGGGCAACCCGCAGUGGGGCAACCUGCCGCGGAAGUUCAACAUUGCCAUUUCUGGGGGGCGUGAUGAUUUUGCUCAUACCUAUAUAAAUGACAUCGGGUUGGACCCGGUGCCUCAUCAAGAUGGAAGGAUUGGGUUUAACGUGGUGGUGGGAGGCUACAUGUCCAUUAAGAGAGUCGCCGAAUCUGUGCCUCUGGGGCUGUGGGUGCCGGCGGAUCCGUACUCGGUGACGGCGUUGUGUGAGGCGAUCUUGAGGAUCUUCAGAGACGAGGGCAACCGGAAAGAUAGACAGAAGGCUCGGUUGAUGUGGUUGGUGGAAGAUAUGGGCGUCGAGGAAUACAGUAAAGCCAUUAAAGCCGAGGUCGAGUCCUACGGGCGGGGCGUCGUCCUGGAGGAGGCGCAGCCCCACGAGACGGGCGCCUUUGAAAGGCGGGAAUUGCUCGGAGUGCAUGCGCAAGCUGAUGAGGGCUUGAGGAGGGUCGGCGUGCAUGUGCCCGCUGGUAGAUUAAGUGUCGAGGAAGCGAGACACGUCGCCGAUCUCGCGGAUCGGUAUAGCGAGGGUGAAGUCCGACUCACCGUCGAGCAGAAUUUUAUAUUACCGAACGUCCCUGCUGACAGCAUUGAUGCCUUACUGCAGGAGCCUGCUUUAACGAUGGGCCGGUUAGCCGUCGACCCGGGAAACGUCAAGGGCCCCAUGGUUUCGUGCACCGGCGCGCAGUUCUGUCCCUUGGCUAUUAUUGAGACGAAAACGGUCGCGGAACGGGUCAUGGCGAAGGUCGACGCGCUCGUCGAAGCGCCGAAGCCCGUCCGCGUCCACUGGACGGGCUGCCCGAACUCCUGCGGCCAGGUCCAGGCCGCGGACAUCGGCCUCAUGGGCGCGCCGGCGAAGCGCAAGAACGACGAGGGCAAGAUGAAGGCUGUGGCAGGGGCAAAUAUUUUCCUCGGCGGCACGAUCGGCGAGGGCGGCCAUUUAGCUUUAGAUCCGCACAUGAAGAACGUGCCCAUCGACGACGAGGACGAGAUCGCGGGAGUCAUCGCCGGGCUGAUGAAGGAGAACUUCGGCGCCGUCGAUAGAGUGGAGGUCCCGAAGGAGGUGGCCAUGUCGCGGUAGCCUCGGUCAACAUGCACAUACGUACCCUGUUUCCAUCCCCCAUAUAUUUAAAUGAAAAUAACAUGAGUCCCGUCGGCGGCGUUGGGGGGAACGUGUCUGCGACACACGCGUUGAUUUUCCUAGUGUCCUUAUGCAGCUAGC